AAUGAAGUUAAGAAAAGAAAAAAAUUUAGAGGAAUAACCAAAAUUUUGCACGUGUUGGCGUGAAGCAGGCAAUAAUUUUGGGGUGCGGCGGCUCAAGUUUUGUGUGUCUAGACAUACAUUUCACGGCCACCGCCAACCCCUUCCUUUUGAUUUCUUCAAUGGCACCUUCCUUUUCCUUACGCACAUACCUUCCCAAUACCCCCAACUUCUCUUAUUUCCACCAACUACCCUCUUCCUCUCACCACUUCUUUUUCUACCCACCAAAACCAUUCCUCCAACUUAAAUCCCGUUAUGGCUCAGAAGCGUCGCCUUUGGCGGCCCAUUUCGGUAACGGAAAAAGUGGAACGGCAAGGAAGCCCAAUGUGCUGAGUGAGGGAGUGAAUGGUUAUGGGAGCGUGGAAGAAGAGAGCUACAACAGUUCCAUGGAGGAUAAGCAAUUCGUGCGUUCGUUUCGCGAGGCGUGGCCUUAUUUGUGGGCCUAUCGUGGCAGCACCUUUGUUGUUAUUGUUUCCGGUGAAAUUGUCUCUAGUCCUUUCUUGGAUCCCAUUCUCAAGGAUAUAGCUUUCCUCCAUCACCUGGGAAUUCGGUUUGUUCUUGUUCCAGGGACCCAUGUGCAAAUAGACAAGCUUUUGAAUGAGCGAGGGAACCAGCCUAAGUAUGUUGGUAGCUACAGGAUAACUGAUGAUGAAUCUCUAGCAGCUGCAAUGGAAGCAGCUGGAGGAAUAAGAUUGAUGAUAGAAGCAAAACUUUCUCCUGGACCUUCCAUAUGCAACAUUCGUCGACACGGUGACAGUAGUCGUUGGCAUGAAGUUGGUGUCAGUGUUGCCAGCGGUAACUUUCUUGCAGCCAAGAGAAGAGGGGUGGUCAAUGGAAUUGAUUUUGGGUCAACUGGGGAAGUUAAAAAAGUAGACGCAUCUCGCAUGCGUGAGAGGCUUGAUGGUGGUUGUGUAGUUGUUUUAACCAACUUGGGCUACUCCAGCUCUGGAGAAGUAUUAAAUUGCAACACCUAUGAAGUUGCAACAGCUUGUGCCUUGGCUAUAGGAGCGGACAAGCUAAUAUGCCUUAUAGAUGGUCCAAUACUUGAUGAGAAUGGACGCCUAAUUCGUUUCUUGCCUCUUCACGAAGCAGAUAUGUUAAUUCGUAAACGGGCUGAGCAAAGUGAAACAGCUGCUAACUAUGUGAAAGCUGUCGAUGAAGAAGGUUUCAACUCUUUUGAGCAUUACAAUUUUAAUGGGACAAUCAAAUCUCCACCUAUUGGAUGUUUUACAGAAUGGAAUAAUGCAACCUUCCAUAAUGGUAUUGGUUUUGAGAAUGGAAAUGGCUUAGAGUCUGGGGAGCAAGGCUUUGCUAUUGGAGGCCAAGAGCGACUAAGUCGAAUGAAUGGCUACCUGUCAGAAUUGGCUGCUGCAGCUUUCGUUUGCAGAGGUGGUGUUCAAAGAGUUCACUUGUUGGAUGGCACUAUUAGUGGAGUUCUGCUGUUGGAAUUGUUUAAAAGAGAUGGCAUGGGAACAAUGGUGGCUAGUGACCUUUACGAAGGGACUCGCAUGGCAGAGGCAAAAGAUAUUUCUGGAAUCAAACAAAUUAUUCAGCCUUUGCAGGCAUCUGGCAUAUUGGUUAAGCGGAAUCAUGAAGAGCUGCUACAAUCAUUGGAUUCUUUCGUUGUUGUGGAAAGAGAAGGUCAAAUAAUUGCUUGCGCUGCCCUUUUCCCUUACUUUGAGGAAAAGUGUGGAGAGGUUGCUUGCAUUGCAGUAUCUCCUGAUUGUCGUGGCCAAGGACAGGGAGACAAAUUGCUUGAUUAUAUGGAGAAGAAAGCAUCAUCUCUUGGAUUGGAUAUGAUUUUCCUGCUUACAACACGGGCAGCAGAUUGGUUUGUAAGGCGUGGAUUUUCAGAAUGUUCAAUUGAUUAUGUUCCUGAAAGGAAAAGGAAAAUGAUCAAUCUGUCCCGCAAUUCUAAGUAUUAUAUGAAGAAGCUUCUACCAAAUAAAAGUGGAAUUACUGUUCUUGGAAAAGUUGCUUCAAAUUAGCCUAUUUUCGUUUUCCAUCUAGCACAGGGGAAGGUGAUUGGAUGCAAGAUUUUAGGCACUUAUGUAGAAUGUAGAUAAUAAUUUCGUAACAAUAUGGGAACUGGAAUUAGUAUAUCUGUCAGGUCGUCUGUGUGUAGCAUUAAGUUUUCUAUUAAUUUAUUUUUAGUAUUUAAUUUUCAAGUUUUGUUAAAGUCCCUUAAUAAUCUUCAUAUUUAUUUUAUAAAAUAAGUAUUGAAUUAAAAAUUACAUCUGUUUAUCU